AUGCGCCGCUUGCAUGACAGCGGCAUGGGCGUCAAGAGGAUCGCCGCGGCCUUGAGCCGCUCCACGGACACCGUCUCGAAGCAUUUGUUCAAAAAGAACACGACCAAGAAGUCCAAGGGCCGCCCGAAGCAUUCCAUCCGCACCCCCAAAGGGUUUCUCGCUGCCCAGCGCGCUUACAAGAAGCUGCUGAAGUCCUCGGGCGGCACAAAGGAAGUGACGGCAGCCAUGCUGAAGUCCGAGAUGAAGUUGAAAUGCGACAUCAAGACAGUGCGCCGCGCGUUUGCUGAGAAUGGCUACCAGUUCCGCCCGCUGCACGAGAAGCCUGACCUUUCGGAGGGGGACAAGAAGGAGCGCCUGCAGUGGGCCCGCGAGCACAAGCACCGGAGCCCCAGCCAGUGGUCACAGUAUGUCCACGCGUGCAUGGACAAGAAGGUGUUCCAGGUGCUGCCCAAUGCGAAGUACAGGAAGGUGGCGGCAAAGCGCAAGGUUCGCGGGGUGCACAGGAAGCGCAAGCGGGACUUCUCCGUGGGCCACGUCAAGCCGAGCAACCCUAAGGUUCUGAAGCAGAGUUCGGGCAAGGGCUCCGUGACCAUCGCGUGCGCCAUCGGCGCGGGCAAGGUGUUGAUGUGGCACCACGUGGUCGGUAGGUGGAACGCCGCAGCCGCGGGGCGAAUGCACUCGGGGGCGCUCCAGCCCGCUUUGAGGAGGGCCUACCCUUCCGUGCGCGGCAAGUUCGGCGCCAUGGAAGACAACGACCCCACGGGCUACAAAUCUCGCUCGGGCAUGGGGACAGGAGAAGACUGGCUCGCGAGCAAGACGGAUACGCGGGCGCAGUACCUGGCCAGGCUGCGCCGCACGGCGUUGGCGACGCCGUCUGAGUACAUCCACAGCAUCAUGGGCAGCCUGCACAAGCACUGCGGCUUGUUGGUCGAGGCGAAGGGCGGCCACUUCGCCGAGGGCGGUGGGAACUGA